AUGAACUUCUCAAAACUCCCCCAACCACGCCCUUGUGGCAACACCUCGUCUGCGCAGCCGCGACUGCAUUGGAACCAGAAGGCAUACUACAAGCGAGAGGACUUCCUCCCUCUUCCUCUCAUCGCCGCCCAGAACAAUAAUCACCACAUCCCUGACCAUUCAGUAUGCCAGGGAGCACGGGUCCUCUUCGCCUGCGGUCACGUUGUCAACGAGCUUCUGCCAUGCAACGAACCAAAAAUGCGCGGCAAACCCUGUCCACUACUGAGGAGCUAUCCACCACGGCAUCGCAACGACGAUUGUCUCAGCUGCACAACAAAGCAAAGCAAUAUGCUGCAAGUCUCAGAUCUGCUCAAGCCGCGGCAACUCUACUUGCGAAGUGAAUGCGCGGACAAGUAUCGACAGGCCGGUGGCACAGAUGUUUGGCGGCCCAAGAAGAAUCGAUUUGAUCCGGAAAGUAACGGUGAGCGCAAGAGCGCGAUGAAGGAGGAACAAAGGACCGGCGUGAAGGAUGCUUGGAAAGUCAAGCCGGUUGAGCCUUUGUUCACGGAGGUGAAGCUGAAGGCAGCGGGUGGAAAGAACAGGCGCUAG